CAGCACACCAUUUAAAGGGCAGAAAUAAGAACGGAAAAAAAUUAAUUGUUAACCGCGCUAAUACUGGUGAAGUUUUGAAUUCGAAUUCUCUGAAUAAUAAACACAAAUUAAGAUGAAUGUCGUCAAAAGCAAAGACAUUCUUGGAAUUAGCAAUGAAGAAACUCUUCAAAUUGGCCGCAAAGUAGGGGCUAAGAAAAAGAUACCAAUGAAAAUAUUUACUAUAAAUGAUUUUGAUAUUGGACGACCUCUUGGAAAAGGAAAAUUUGGAAAUGUUUAUCUUGCUAGAGAAAGGAAAACUCAUUUUAUUGUAGCGCUGAAGAUUCUGUCCAAGGCACAAAUUCUGAGGAAUGGUGUGGAACAUCAAAUAAGAAGAGAGAUAGAAAUCCAAACCAACUUACGACAUCCAAAUAUUUUGAGAAUGUAUGGUUACUUUUAUGAUGAAACUAAGAUCUACUAUAUUCUUGAAUUUGCUGCUCGUGGAGAGCUUUAUAAAGCUUUGCAAAAGCAGAAAAGAUUCGAUGAAGCUACAUCAGCAACAUACAUGGCUCAAAUAGCCAAAGCCUUUAUGUAUCUACACUCUAAGAAAGUGAUACAUCGUGACAUCAAGCCAGAGAAUCUGCUGUUGGACCUCGUAGGCGAUGUAAAAAUUGCUGACUUUGGAUGGUCUGUUCAUGCUCUUUCUAAUAAGAGGAAAACCAUGUGUGGCACCCUCGAUUACCUUCCUCCAGAGAUGUUGGAGCACAAAACCUAUGAUUCGUCCGUCGAUUUGUGGUGCCUGGGAGUUUUGUGCUAUGAGUUUUUAGUGGGCCACCCCCCAUUUGAAUCAAAGACGUCUCAGGAAACUUAUGCAAAAAUACGAAAAGUUGAUGUUGUUUAUCCAAAGUAUGUUUCUGCAUCAGCUAGGGACUUCAUCAGCAAACUACUUAAACUGGAUCCUGUGGAAAGAAUGACCUUGAAUGAAAUUCUAGACCAUCCCUGGAUUAGAGAGAAUGCAAAAAAAUCACAAGGUGCUGCGUAAUAGAACAUUUUGUGGCAAAAUUAUUUUACCUUUUUAUCUUCUACUACUGUUGUAAAAAUUUUAUUCUUUUUGUAUUUUAAUUUUUAAUAAAACUAUAUAGUGA